UUUUGAUCCCACUGCAGUGGAGGGGCUGUGCCCCAACGCAUGUCUUCCUACUCAUCUGCCCCCCAGAGUGCUGUCUGCUGUGCACCUGGGUGCUGGAGCCCUUCUCCACCGGGAUAAACUCCAGAUCCUCUUCCUUGGCCCACCUGUGCCCCACCCCACUCUGCCCAGAAGCCUAAGGGCCAAGCCGCCUCCAUGGCCCCAGGAAGGAUUCAGGGGAGAGGCCCCACACAGGGAGCCACUCCAGUCAGACAUCCCGGCCAGAAUGGGGCUGACUGAAUUGCUCCUCAUGGUCAUGCUUCUCCUUACUGCAAGACUAACUCUAUCCAGCCCAGCUCCUCCUGCCUGUGAUCUCCGACUGCUAAAUAAACUGCUUCGUGACUCCUAUGUCCUUCACAGCAAACUGAGCCAGUGCCCAGACGUCAAUCCCUUGUCCACACCUGUCCUAUUGCCUGCUGUAGACUUUAGCCUGGGAGAAUGGAAAACCCAGAUGGAGCAGAGCAAGGCACAGGACAUUCUGGGAGCUGUGACCCUUCUGCUGGAGGGAGUGAUGGCUGCACGUGGACAACUUGGUCCCACUUGCCUCUCGUCUCUUCUGGGACAGCUUUCUGGACAGGUCCGUCUCCUCCUUGGGGCUCUGCAAGGCCUCCUUGGGACCCAGCUUCCUCCACAGGGCAGGACCACAGCUCACAAGGAUCCCAAUGCCAUCUUCCUGAGCUUCCAGCAACUGCUCCGAGGAAAGGUGCGUUUCCUGCUGCUUGUAGGAGGGCCCUCUCUCUGCAUCAGGCGGUCCCUACCUGCCACAACUGUCCUGAACAGUACCUCUCUACCCCCCACACUGCACAAGCUCUCAAACAGGACUUUUGGAUUGCUGGAGACAAAUAUCAGUGUCUCUGCCAGAACUACUGGCUCCGGACUUCUAAACAAGCUGCAAGGAUUCAGAGCCAAGAUUCCUGGUCUGCUGAACCAAACCUCCAGGUCCCCAGACCAAAUCCUGAACAAGACACAUGGACCUCUGAAUGGAUCUCAUGGACUCUUUCCUGGAGCCUCACCCAGGACUGGAGAGGUGCCAGAUGGUCUACCUGGAGCUUUGGAUACAGGCUCCCUGUCCCCCACCCUCCAGACUGAAUAUUCUACUUUCCCAACACAUCCUCCUACUGGACAGUAUAUACUCUUCUCUCCUCCGCCCACCCCAGCUUCACCCCAGCUCCACCCCAUGUUUCCUGACUCUUCUGCUAUCGUACCCAACUCUCCCAGCUCUCUCCCAGUAUCAGCCCACCCUCACUCCCAGAAUCUGUCCCAGGAAGGAUGAAGUCGUCCAGUCCUGCCAGCAUCAGCAGUGUCUCUCAUGUUCUUUUUCUGAGAGACAAUUGCUGCUACACCAGACAUCCUGCUUUCACUUGAAACCUAAAGCCUUGUAGAGAAACACAAGAAAGAAAAAAGGAAUAUUUUUCACUGUACAUCAUAAAACUU